AUGUGUGAAGAAGCAUUCAUCAACGCUGAGAUAGGCGUCUUCUGGAACGUCGUGGAGUGCCCAAUCCCUGAGGGUCUAAAUCCCGAUUCGGUCUACCGGAAUAUCAAAUCAGGUCUUCGUCUUAUGGGUUAUCGUGGUGACGUGUCGACGACAUUCUGGGCAUAUUCUAAAAAGAUCUCGGAGGAAUUGUCUGAUGACUAUAGUGCAGCCGGAAUCACGAUGGAACAUGUGAGAGGUCAUAAAUGGAGAGUUGAUAUCAUGACAAAGGACAUACUUUUCUUUGCACUGCAAAAUCCUAACAAACCGGCGAAUAUGCUGGUAAUCGCGGAUCACAUGUCGCGUAAACCGGAGCUGGUCAGGGUUUUACAAGUUUUGAAAUCAAGAAACAUCAAUGUUGUGGUAGCACAGACCGGUGGUCGCGUACCGGUAGAGCUCCAUGGGAUCGUAAGCUCUGUAUGCCUUUCGAGGAGGCUGUUAGCUAGAGGGAACGCUACUCUUUUGGAGCUGGAUGCGGAUCAAAAGAAUGUAAUGAACCCUAAUUUUUCUCUCCAUGACUCAGAACUCUCCGACUAUAGCGUAGGCAACACAGGCGUCUUCUGGGACACCAAGGACUGCCCAAACCCUAAUGCUCUCGAGUCAGAUUUCUAUUUGAUCGGCAAGAGUAUCAAAUCAUGUCUUGCUGAUAUGGAUAAAAGUGGUAGUAUGCUGUCGUGGAUCUCGGCUUAUGAAGAUGGCGGGAAGGUGACGGUUUGGAAUGGAGGGACUGAGACCAGAAUGGUUUCACACCAAGGAGAUCGAUUGAGGAGAAUGUCACUGGACAUUCUUUUGUGGGCUAUAGACAACCGUGUGGGACAAUAUGAUCGUGAUCGAAGACCAAAUGUCAUUGUGAUCUCAAGAAACAUCCCAAAAACCAGGGAUUUCAUCCUUCCUUUGAAGUGUUUGAUUUCAAGAUGCAAUAUCAUCUUUGGACUGCCUGAUGAGGUCAAAUCACACUCCUGGAAAACUGCUAGUGUUAUUAAUUUUGGAGCACCUUUCUUCUCAAGUGGAAGCUCACAAAGAAGAGGGAAUACCAAGAGAGACAAAAAGCCGUUUCUUGUAAGAUGA